CACUAGGUGUGGCUUUCUGUCAGAUGAAACAAACUGACAGAGAUAUACCAUCAGAGACAGGACCUGCAGUAAGAGCAUGUCCCCUGGGAAGUUGGCAGUUAUUUUUGGACUUGGAGUAGCUGCGGGGUUUAUCAUACAAAGUGGAGACCCGCUGGACUCCUGGUACCCGGUAUGGCGGGAAACAGGGCUGCUUGCACGGGCUGUGGUGUGCCUCAUCGCCGGGGCUUCCCUCUUCACCCUCGGCUGGCUGCACGGGUUCCUCUUCGGUCCCCUGGAGCUGCUGAGGGGGCCGGACGAUGUGGGAUACAUAGUCGAGAACGGUCGCUCGAAAGCCCAGGCUGCAAACGAGGUCCGCCGCAGGAGGAGAACCGGAGACCUGCCCCCGGUGUAUCCGAACGGCUGGUACCGGGUGCUGGACUCACACACGCUGCGGAGGGGAGAGGUCAGGAGUGUCACGGUGCUAGGUGAGCAGGUGGCAGUGUUUCGGGGCCAGGAUGGCGAGGCCUACGUUGUCGAUGCCUACUGCCCUCACCUGGGGGCCAACCUGGCUGUGGGGGGGCAGGUGAUGGGGAACUGCAUCGAGUGCCCGUUUCAUGGAUGGCAGUUUCGGGGAACGGAUGGCAAGUGUGUGAAGAUCCCCUACGCAGAAAAAGUGCCAGACUUUGCCAAGGUGCGCAUCUGGCCCAGCUGUGAGCUCAACGGGCAGGUCCUGGUUUGGUUUCACUGCGACGGAGAAGAUCCUCAGUGGCUGGUCCCAGAGCAGCAGGAAAUCACAACGGGCGAGUGGGUGUACCGGGGGAGAACUGAACACUUCAUCAACGCUCACAUACAAGAGAUUCCUGAAAAUGCAGCAGACAUCGCUCACCUCGGUCACCUUCACACGCCGGCCAUUGUCAGCGGAGUAGAUCUGCGAUACACCAACAGCAAAACCUGGGAAUUCCUGCGGCAUGACUGGAAGGUUCAAUGGGAGCCAGAGGCAGAGCCCAACAAGCAUUGUUCUCAGAUGUUGGUGAAACAUGCUCUUACUGUCUUUGGAAGCACCUGGCACCUGCUGGAUGUCCGUGUUUUGGCCAGACAGGUGGGUCCAGGAUUGGUGUUUCUGCUGAUUGAACACAGUUUCUUGGGCCGGGGUGUUAUCCUGCAGUGUGUGACUCCAGUGGAGCCUCUGUUGCAGUUUGUCACUCACACCAUCUUCUACCAGUCAAAUAUCCCUCCUCUGGUGCCCAAAUUCAUCCUCAAAGCGGAGUCCAUUCAGUUUGAGCGGGACGUAAUGAUCUGGAACAAUAAGAAGUACAUUUCCAAACCCCUCCUUGUGAAGGAGGACUCAGCCAUCCAGAAGCACAGGCGCUGGUUCAGUCAGUUCUACAGCGAGAACAGCCCGCAGCUGCAACACCAGCUCAACACUUUGGACUUUUGACCCCCCUGAACCACAGGAGGAGAGAUCAGCGAAGAAGAUGUCAGGUCAGACCAGGGUUGACAUUAAUCAGAGGUGUCAGGGAAGGGAGGCCGGGAUUGGAUGUUUUAACUGUCACAUGUAAUAAAUGAAAGGAGGAUGGACCUGUUUGUGGGCUCUUCUGAAAGCCUGAACCUUAAAUGACCCCUUCUUUUUCCUAGUGUUACUGAAGUUGCUUAUAUCAAUCUACAGCUUUAUACACAAGUGCCUACAGCUGUCAUGUCCCCUGGUUGGACUGGUAUGAAUAUAAUAUUAUAUUUAAUAUAAUAAGUGACUGAACCUACAAAGUAAUAAUAAUACUGAAAUCACCACAAUUGCCUCGUUUAUAACUGUGAUGAAACCAUUGGGUUGUCGGAGCAAUUUUACCCUGUAAAAUGUGAAUUAUUACCUAAACUGUGAUUUGUUUACAUGUUUAACUAGAAACUAUAUAAGUUACUUUUCAAGCUGUUUUUUUCUGAAUGUUUUGUAUGGGUUAAUAUAAACCUUGAGUUUAGCGGAAACUGCUGUUAUGUGAUUGUAUAUGUUUGUUUCUCACUUUGUCUUUAUCAUCUUCGGCUGCAGGUAAAAUGGCAGGUGUGUUUGUUAUUUUGUUGAUACCUCAGGUUAUUAUUUAGAAAAAGCAGUAUGAUGACAAAUGUAUGGCUUUUCCUUCGAUGUCCAUUCCUCAUCUCUCAUAACAAUCUUUAGGAUUCAGGGUCGUAAGGACCAUUAAUUAAACAUGAUUAUGAGUGAACUUGAAGUUGAUAGAUGUGGAUUUUACUUUAAAAACAGCAAGGCUAUCUGUUUCCUCCUUUCCCAUUACGACAACAACCGCAGGUGACCCGAGCCGGUUGAGCUAGAUGCAACACAAUGCUUAACAGGACUUUUUUUUCAGGAAUUCAUUUUUAUAAAAUAAAAACAGGCUUUUUAAAAGUUGUAAACCAAAAAGACGAGUGGCAGCAACUCCCAGACCGGACAUCACACUGUAUCAUACGGACCUGGAUUUUCUUAAUUUGACUAAAACGACAUGAUGUUGCUUUGGACAAGACUUGAAACAAGAGAUUUAGAUCAUUCACUCAUAAGGAAAAUGUUUAAUGAGGUAAUAAAUCAAGUGAUAAAUAAGCUAAUUUUCUCAUAGACUUCUAUACAAUCUGACUUCCCAGGGGAUUAGCCCCCUGCUGGACAUUAGAAUAAAUGCAGGUGUAAUGCACUUCCACAUAGGCUUCACAUACCAUCAUCUUGCUUUCUGGGCACAACUGGCGACAAACGAUGAAAGUCCUUUUAUUAUGACAGAUAAUACUUUCUGUUCAUAAAUUAUAACAAACGAGUAGCAUUAAAAAUAAAUGACCUUUUAAUGUAAUUUAACAAAAUGCAAGUGAAUAAAAACGUGCUACUGCAAGUAUGUGCAAUCAAA